GAGAGUACUGCACGCGUACGUAUCGAUGAAGAUGGCCGACGAGGAGGAUCCCAAGGUUCGGCCAACUGGCGUGGCGUGGGGUACGGCGCUGAUGGAACUGCAAAGUUGGCUGAUCUACCACCUCGUGGCCGUGAGCGACUGCAAUCAAGUGAUGCAGUCCGCGGCUACAGGUGGUGGUGGAGUAUAUCCGGCGGGACCUAGUGGUGGCGGCGGCGGCGGCGGCGGCGGUGGUGUUGGAACCACAACGACAACGACGAUGACGAGUAGCAGGGCACGGGACCUCGGCCUCAGAGCCCAGAAGAAACUGCUGGGCCGUUUCGCUGCAUCGAACGCCGGCAGAUCGCUACUCAUCGACGAUGCAACGACCUCCUUAUUGGACAACCUCUUCAAGCUCAUGGAGCGCGCGACGAGGAAAAGUCAGCAUCUCGAUAAGAAGCUGCCGGAGAAGGUGCUCAAGAAUAUCGUGAAGCUGUCGAUAAAGAUCGGCCUGCUACACCGGAACCAGCAGCUAGGCCCAGGUGACGCUGGCCACAUCGAGGAUGUUCGUCGCGCGCUGCGCUCGACGGCCAUGGCCGUCCUCUCCUUCUACGAGCUCGAUUUCAGCUACGAGCGCUCGUACCUGGUGAAAUCGCUCGAGCGCUGUCGAGCCUCGGUCCAGGCCCUCAUCAGGCCUCAUCUCACUGACAAGUCGUGCGAGCGUUGCGACCAGAUAUUCGACUUUCUUGUCCAUCCGGACUUCCUCGAAGCCGUUUUUGGACAAGACUCCGAGCUCAGGACGACCCUCGCCGCACUCACCGUCGACAUUAACAAGGCCCUGGAGACGGGACAACUUUGACUCCCCGUGCACGAUGUAUAUACCAGCUCGCAGGCGUCGCCCAGGGGACGAUCGCGUUUAUUUAGAUUAAGAGUCAUUGGCACUGUUAUGAGCAGUCUAGAUGAAGACGAUACUAAUACUUUCCGAGCGGUCAUGCAAGGGCUUUUCACGCAGGCCAAUUUGCUCUCGAUUGGGACUCCGCCCACCGGAUCUUUUAUCAUGUCGGAGUUUUUACUUUAGUUGCUUUAAUCAUCUGAACUAGACUGAAUGCACUAGCGAUUUGGCACAAACUUACCAAGAAUAAUGUGAUUCUCCGUCACAUUUAAUGAUUUAACCCGACAUAGACUAAGACGCCAGAACAUAUAGUUAAUUGACCAGUUGGAGGUAAAAAAUCCGCUUUUAUCAAUGUAAU